GACGGAUGUAAAUACUCAGCGAAUAUGGAACAUCUUCAACGGUGACUAUUCUUAUGGGAACUGACAGUGGAGAACAAACAAUGGAUGCGAUAAAAAUAAUUUUAAAAAGAUUAUAGUACCUGUCAAGUGAAAGAGAUGAAGUCAUGCCAAAGACUUUGUAUAUCUAUCAUCGCCAUUUCUACUUGCUUGUGGUUAGUGUUUUUCUACACACGCACGGCAAAUUAUUUCAACUAUGACAACGACAAGGAAGGCAAUCCUUUAAAAACAAAGCUUUUUGUAAAACGUUGCACAUAUGCCGAUGUAUUAGAACGGAUCUCUAAAACACAUGUGGCGAAAUGUAACAAGGGAAUUAUGACUCCGAAACGGCAUACAGGGAUAAUUCGAACAGUAACACGCAAAGUGCAGUUUGUGAAUUCAACGGCAAUGACUCAUGUUAAAAUGUCUAUGGAGUGUUACAAAGAACUUCCAAAAUGCCUUAUUAUCGGUAUUCAAAAAUGUGGAACCUUAGCACUGGCAGAAUUUUUACGAAUCCAUCCAGAUAUUGCUAUAGAUGCGCGACAGACAUACUUUUUUUCAAGCAAUUACUCGAAGGGCUUGACCUGGUAUCUUGACAAGUUGCCUUGUAGUCAGAAGGGACAAAUAACAAUGGAACGUACCCCGCAGUAUUUUUAUAUGCGUGAAAGUCCAUGGAGGGUAUUCUCGGCACGACGCGAUAUGAAGUUGCUAAUCAUCGUGUGUAAUCCAGUCAAAAGGACCAUAUCGAACUUUGCGAUGGCUCAAUAUAGGAACAGAGAGCAUAGAAACGCAAGAUUUGAGGAGGAAGUGUUCAAUAUCAACGAGAAAAACUUCACCGUCAAUGACAAUAGCCUUUACGUUGACAAGUCAAGAUACGCGAAACAUUUACAGAAAUGGUUAGAAUACUUUCCGCGCAGUCAAUUGCACGUAAUCGAUGGUCAACGAUUCACACAAUUUCCAGCCCAAGAACUGACAAAAAUAGAAAGAUUUCUUGGAUUACGCCCGUACAUUAAUCAGUCUUGUUUUGUGUAUAAUAAACGUUCGGGGUUUUAUUGCUUACGAAAUAAUACAGAUGUAUCCAGUGUUACAAAUAUAAAGUGUCUUCCUCCGACUAAAGGUCGACCUCACCCGUUAAUAGGGAAGACGUAUUUAGAACGACUGAAACAGUAUUUCUCUCCUCAAAACGAUGUGUUCUUUAACCUAAUCAUGAUGAAAAACUGGUUUCAGUGGUGAUCAAUAUCCUUAGACUUUCUGAAAAUGUUCUGUUUUAAA